GCGCGUAACUGAGUUUCAUUUUGCAGGUGGUGGUCUGGGUGGCGGCGCCGGCGAUGAUCCGCGCGGGGUCGACGACGGCGGUGAUGACGGUGCUGCUGGUGGCGUUCCUGCUGGAGUACCUGCCCAAGAUCUACCACUCCGUCUCCUUCCUCCGGCGGACGCAGGACAAGUCCGGCCACAUCUUCGGCACCAUCUGGUGGGGCAUCGUGCUCAACCUCAUGGCCUACUUUGUCGCCGCCCACGCGGUGGGCGCGUGCUGGUACCUGCUCGGGGUGCAGAGGGCCACCAAGUGCCUCAAGGAGCAGUGCUCCAUCUCCGGGCCGCCGGGGUGCGCGUCGGGGCCGCUGGCGUGCCCCAGCCCUCUCUACUACGGCGGCGCCGGCACCGCGGCGUCCGUCGCCGGCGACAGGCUCGCCUGGGCCACGGACGCCACGGCCAGGAGCAUGUGCCUCGUCAGCGGCGACAAGUACCAGUUCGGCGCCUACAAGUGGACCGUGAUGCUGGUGGCCAACACGAGCCGGCUGGAGAAGAUGCUGCUGCCCAUCUUCUGGGGCCUCAUGACGCUGAGCACGUUCGGGAACCUGGAGAGCACGACGGAGUGGCUGGAGAUCGUGUUCAACAUCGUGACCAUCACGGGGGGGCUCAUCCUGGUCACCAUGCUCAUCGGCAACAUCAAGGUGUUCCUGAACGCCACCACGUCCAAGAAGCAGGCCAUGCACACGCGGCUGCGGAGCCUGGAGUGGUGGAUGAAGCGCAAGGAGCUGCCGCAGAGCUACCGGCACCGAGUGCGGCAGUUCGAGCGGCAGCGGUGGGCGGCCACCCGCGGCGUGGACGAGUGCCAGAUCGUGCGCGACCUCCCCGAAGCCCUCCGCCGCGACAUCAAGUACCACCUCUGCCUCGACCUCGUCCGCCAGGUGCCCCUCUUCCAGCACAUGGACGACCUCGUCCUCGAGAACAUGUGCGACCGCGUCCGCUCCCUCAUCUACCCCAAGGGCGAGACCAUCGUGCGGGAGGGAGACCCGGUGCAGCGGAUGGUGUUCAUCGUGCGGGGGCACCUGGAGUGCAGGCAGGAGCUGCGGAACGGGGCGACGAGCUGCUGCAUGCUGGGGCCGGGCAACUUCACGGGGGACGAGCUGCUGUCGUGGUGCCUGCGGCGGCCGUUCGUGGGGCGGCUGCCGGCGUCGUCGGCGACGCUGGUGACGCUGGAGAGCACGGAGGUGUUCGGGCUGGAGGCGGCGGACGUCAAGUACGUGACGCAGCACUUCCGCUACACCUUCACCAACGAGCGGGUGCGGCGGAGCGCGCGCUACUACUCGCCGGGGUGGCGCACCUGGGCCGCCGUCGCCGUGCAGCUGGCGUGGCGCCGCUACAAGCACCGCAAGACGCUCGAGUCGCUCUCCUUCAUCCGCCCGCGCCGCCCGCUGUCGCGCUGCUCCUCGCUCGGCGAGGAGAAGCUCCGGCUCUACACCGCCAUCCUCGCCUCGCCCAAGCCCAACCAGGACGACGACUUCUCCUUCUAGCUCUGGCAUUAGCAUUCCCGCCGUCGUGAGUCAGAGCAGAGGUUGGUUCUAGCACAGGACGCGGAUGCUCUGCCUGCUGGCUGCUGCUCGGAACUGGCUUUGUUUGUACAGAGAAGAGGAGAAGUGAGCUUCAGCUACGAGUCCCGAAUGGAAUGAACGAAAAGCGGUGGAUAUUGUGUGUGUUUGCAGAAUAUGGCGAUACGAAUUGUGAAUCUUACCGUACAUACGUCGAAAGUGUUCUUAUAGACUAGUUUAUGAAGCAAAUAUCCUAUCACAUGUUAAUACCUAUGCAGUAAACAUUGCAGCAUCGGAGUCGUUGUAGUAUAGUGGUAAGUAUUCCCGCCUGUCACGCGGGUGACCCGGGUUCGAUCCCCGGCAACGGCGUAUUUUUUUUUGAAUUUUACUUGUACAUGAUGCUCGAUUACUGGACUAGGGUUUGUACAUCGAGGCCUACUUCCUAUUUCGUCCA